AUGAGCGACUCCAAGGCAGAUUCCGACCAAGUUGUCAUCGGUGAGAAAAUGACACUGGGUGUCGAAUGUCAAGCCACCUCCGAGGCAGGCACGCCCGUCAACGGGGAAGUCCUGGAGGAUGAUGGAGAAGUGUUCAAGGCCGACGCGGGCACGACGCCAUUCCGUGCUCUUGGGCUUGUGCGGACAGUGGUUGUCCUCAUCAAGCUCUGUUUUGCGACCGGCGUCCUGUCCAUUCCCGCCGCCCUGGGCGUCGUAGGGUAUGGUCCCGGCCUCGUCCUCCUCACCCUCUGGAGUGCCCUGAGCAUGUACUACUCCUAUGUCAUGUACCAGUUUCGGAUGAGGUAUCGUGGUGUCCACAACGUCGUCGAUGGGGCCAUGCUCAUGGGCGGUCCGAUUGCCCGUGAGGUCACCUCUUUUCUUUUUCUGUUGACCUGGGUUUUGGCAACUGGCUCGUCGUUUAUUGGCUUGUCCCAAGGUCUCAAAGUCCUCGCCAAUGGCAAGGGCUGUAGCAUUGUUUGGACCUUGGUGGCCGCCAUUGCCACCGGGUUGCUUUCCAGUAUUCGGACCCUGGGGAAAUUGGCCAUACUGACCUGGAUCGGCUUUGCGAGCAUCUUUACUGCCGUUUUCAUUGUCGUUAUCGGCGUCACUGUUGUCGACCGACCUGCUGGUGCCCCGCCCACCGGCCCGUAUGACCUAGGAGUCGUUGCCGUUGGUCAUCCGGGAUUUGUCGCGGGCCUGGUCGCCGCGCUCAAUCUUUUCUCUGGCUUUUGCUCGAUGUCGACCUUCAUGCCCGUCAUCGCCGAGAUGAAGGUCCCCAAAAGGUUUCCAAAGGCUCUGUUCGUCUCCCAGGGUCUCUUGGUGGCCUGCUAUAUGUCUUUUGGCAUGGUUGUGUACAUGUACUGUGGGCAAUACAUUGCCAGCCCGUCGCUAGCCAGUGCAGGAGGCACCCUAGAGAAGGUUGCAUAUGGUGUCUCGAUCCCAGGUUUUAUGAUGACUUCGACGCUGUGGGUGCACGUCGCUGCCAAAUUCCUCCUGGUCCGAAUUCUGCGCAACUCAGAGCACUUGCAAGGCAACACAUUCAAACACUGGGUAACCUGGCUGUCGUCGACAAUUGGACUCACCGUCUUGUCCUUCCUCCUGGCUGAGGCGAUUCCAUUCUUCAACUACAUUCUCGGGUUUAUCGCGUCAACCUGUUGUUCCCCAACCGGCCUGAUCAUCCCCGCCAGCAUGGGUCUCUACAUGCACCAAGGCCGGUACUUUUCCAGCAAGAAAACCAUGGUCAUCUGUAUGCUGCACUGCAUUAUAGUGGUAGGAGGGCUCUUCAUGACGGUUGCUGGUACCUAUACCACAAUCCAGAGUAUCGUGGACGCCUAUGCAGCUGGUAAUGUGAAGGAGGCCUUUAGCUGUUCGUAG